AGAGGCUUCCGUCCAUGGCCCGUGCCCGUGACCGUGGUGACCGCCCGUGACCUAGACCUGACGUCACGUCACCUAGACGACAGCGAUAUCAACUCAGUUGGCGCCGAGGUGAUGUCCAGUGGCUCAACAGUAAAUAUGAAGCGGAAGCAACAAACUACCCUUAGCCAUUUAAAAAAAAAAAACAAGCCUGCUGCUGCCUCGGACGACACUCCAGCAGUCACUAGGACGUUAGAUGAAGAAGAGGGAACUACAGCGGAGCCUGAUGCCAGCAGUGUAUCGGGUUGUGCUAUUUGCAGCUCAACAAAAUCUACUGGCGUCUUAACAGAGAAAAGAAUUUCCAUAUCUGAGGAGUGGGCGAUGUUUAAGAUCGAGUCAUCAGGCUCAAGCAGACCAACAGCCCUGGCCUCCUUGAGAAACAAGAUCAGACGGCAUGAGAUGUCCAGGGCACACGAAAUAGCUCAGGAGCUCACUGAAAAGGGUGGACAGGAUUUACUUGGGAGUCUUGUGAGAGCUGUGUCAGACACUGUGUUAGCUGAGACAAAUGCUGUAUUCAGAACAGCAUAUUAUCUUGCCAAGAUGAACCGACCUUUCUCUGACCAUGACGAUCUCAUUGAGCUUCAGGAAAAAAACGGUGUCAACAUGGGCACAAGUCUGCACUCAAGGUUCAGUUCAACAAAAAUUGUGGAACACAUAGCAAAAAAGAUGCAGACAAAAACAGAGCAUGCAGCAGCAGCAGCAAUAAAUGUCCUGUGCAAAAGACUCAAGUAUCCCGUCGUCUCCUUAGCACAUUAGUACUGAGGCCAGGCCGGUUACAUAUACAGUAGUACAGUGUUUAUAUAGCCAACAGUUAUUUAUUUAUUGAUGCUUUAUAGUUUAUUUGAUGCUAGUGCCUAAUGGUGAUUUUAAUUUGACUGUUUAUUGUCCUAGAAACUGAUGACAAUAUCGAGUGUUGAAUAAUCUCAAUUACUUAUGGUGGUUGUAGGCUACAGUAUGUGACAGUGAGUGUGGCGGUGUUUAUAGGACCGGUGUGGAAGAGGCUAGGAGGAAAUCAUCACAGUAUACCCACUACAAAAAACUAGACUACACCACUGGGCUCCCGGCAGUGGAGCUCUCAAAAGUAGGUCUCUAGUCAUAGUCAUACAGCAUGGAAACCGGCCCUUUCAUCCCAACUUGCCCAUGCCCCAUCUACACUAGUCCCAUUUGCCCGUUUGGUGCAUAUACCUCUGAAACUUUCCUAUGCAUGUACGUGUCCAAAUGUCUUUUAAAUGUUAUAGAACCUGCCUCGACUACUUCCUUUGACAGCUCGUUCCAUACAUCCACCAUUCUCUGUGUGAAACAUGACUCAAUGUGGAACAGCCGGGAACAGCCCAUUGAUCACAGAAUUCAGCAUUACGUGGGUGUUUAGGAUGAACCUUUCCAAGGUGCACUCCACUCUUUCCACGCUUUCUUGACAUGUUCCAGAAAGAGAUAACUGAUGGUCUCAUUCACAUUACAGCCAUCUUGUGUGGACAAAAAAAUAGACUAUAAUCAUACUUAAAAGGAACUUCAUCAACUGUGUUCCAAUUGCCAGAUUCUUUGCUCCGGAUCUGCUAAAACAGGUCCCCUCUAAGUCAAAAUGAAACUUUACAAGCGUUAUAUGUAGGAAGGAACUGCAGGUGCUGGUUUAAACCGAAGA